AAUUUCAAUUAUUUUCAAAUAAUUUCUUGUAUUAACUAAGCACAUUUUUUUUGAAAUUUUUUAAUAAAAAGUCAAGGAAAAAUUUACGCUUCUCUUAAUCAAGUUAUUAUGAAACUUUUUUAUUACAAUAAUAUUAUAAUUAGAAAAUUGAACAUGUCAACGGAACUGACGUUUGAACAAAACAUUUAGAAAAGUCCCGUAAAUCAAUGCAAUAAAAAUGUUUUGUUGGUCAACGAGGAGACAUUUGAAUUUUAUUAUCAAUAAUUUAAUAAAAGUUGACACUUUCUAUUGGUUCCAAGAAUUACUAUGAAAGCAGCAUAAAAAAAAAAACAAAUAGAAGCGCGAGAAAAUUUACUUAUCUUUAAUAUGCUUUUAUGGAAAAAAAUAUUUUGUAAAAUUAUUUUUCCAAACGAUGUCUUCAACUAAUAGAAAACAAAAGCAACGAUCUGAGAAAUUAUGGCAACAUUCGCAAUAUCAUCGCCGCCAACAUAAUAUGCCCAAUAUACCUAAAAUGCAACAACAAUCACAAUUACGGGUUCAUCAGAUAUUACGAUUCCUUUUAUUGUUAGUCUGUUUCGGUUGUCAUUCACAGGCUGUCGAGUAUAGUGUUGAGUUAAGUAAUUGCUAUGAUAAGUCGCCGGGUUCAGGAUUUGGUAGCGUUGGCGGUACAAAUACCAUGACAAGUGGUUGGGCACCCAUACCCUCUACAUUAAUAGAAAAUAAUAAUAACAAGAAUAGUAAUAGUAGCAGUAACAAUGACAACAACAUCAACAACAACAAAAAGGGGGAUAAUAAUUUAUCGGAAACAGCAGCAAUCACGGAUACAGAAAAUCUGCAAUUAAAUGUCAACCUAAGGAUGACACCAACAUUAACGCCGGCAAUAAUCUCAUCAACUCCUCUUUCUGGAUGGAAAUGUUGUUGCUGGAAUGCCACACACCAGGCCGAAGUUGAGUGCCGUUGCGAAGGUGAAGCGUUAACAAGAAUACCACAAACCCUAAGCGUACCCUUGCAAAGAUUAACAAUUGCUUCGGCUGGUCUACCGCGUCUACGAAAUACAGGCUUAAAAGUCUAUGCUACCACUUUAUUAGACAUUAUACUGACCGAUCUUACGCAAUUAGAGACUAUACAAAAUGGAGCAUUUGCCAGUUUAAAACUUUUGCGUACCAUAUACAUUUCACAUGCACCGAAAUUAACGUAUCUUUCCAAGGAUGUAUUUCAGGGCAUAUCGAGUACAAUAAAAAUUGUUCGCAUUAUAAAUAGCGGUUUGACAAAAGUACCGGAUUUAAUACAUUUACCACCGGCAAAUAUUUUGCAAAUGUUAGAUCUCGAUAAUAAUCACAUAACUCGAAUUGAUAUGAAAUCUAUUAGCAUUAAGACUGAACAAUUAAUUUUAGCCAAUAAUGAAAUACGUUAUAUAGACGAUUCCGCUUUUUAUGGAUCACAAAUAGCGACAUUAACUUUAAAAGGUAAUCGUAAGCUGCGGGAUUUGAAUUCAAAUGCUUUUAAUGGUAUCAUGAAUUUGCAAGAAUUAGAUCUCUCGAGUACGUCGCUUAUACGUUUACCUUCAGUAGGUUUAGAGGAUAUUGAAACAUUGCGUAUACAGAACACGCAUACCUUGAAAACUAUACCAUCUAUUUAUUACUUUAAGAAUUUACAAAAAGCAUUUCUAACGCAUUCAUUUCACUGUUGUGCAUUUAAAUUUCCCUCGCGUCAUGAUCCGCGACGUCAUGCUGAACGCAUGAAGGAAAUUGAAAAAUGGCAGCUACAAUGCGCGAAAACCGACAGCCAGAGAGAUAAUCAUGAAAAUUUCUUAUCACCCGCUAAUGUCUUAGAGAGUUCGCCUUCCCUUCAGCAACCAAUAUCGGCUAAUACUUUUAAAAAGGAGAAAGACACACCGUUAACCGACGCGACAACAACAAAUCCUUUAUAUAAGUUUUUUAAUGAAAAUUCCAAGGGCGUAUUUUAUAGCCGUUUAAUGCGUUCCGAGUUCCCUGUAGAUGAUAACGAUGUGCCCAAUUCGUGGCGAGAUGAUGGCGUGCAAUACUCGUUAGGAUGGGAUUACUUAGCUGAUUCUAUGGAUAUGGAAACUGGUACAUUUCAUGCUCCCAUCGAUACCAAUCAAACUCAAUUGGAUGAAUAUUGCGGAAACUUUACUAUCCGAAAACAUGAUGUUGAAUGUUAUCCUAUACCGAACGCUUUGAAUCCUUGUGAAGAUGUUAUGGGUUAUCGUUGGCUGCGCAUAGCGGUUUGGAUUGUUGUAGCUUUGGCUGUGGUCGGCAAUGUAGCCGUUUUAGUAGUAAUUUUAUCGAUAAGAUCAGAAGUCGCUUCGGUCUCACGUUUUUUAAUGGGACAUUUGGCAUUUGCUGAUUUAUGCUUGGGCCUGUACUUAUUGCUAAUAGCCUCGAUUGAUGCUCACUCAAUGGGUGAAUAUUUUAAUUUUGCUUACGACUGGCAAUACGGUGCUGGUUGUAAAGUGGCUGGCUUUUUAACGGUAUUCGCAAGUCAUUUAUCGGUUUUCACUUUAACCGUUAUCACGAUAGAACGUUGGAUGGCUAUAACGCAUGCAUUGCACUUAAAUUAUCGCAUCAAAUUGAAGCAGGCUGGCUAUGUAAUGACGGCCGGUUGGUUUUAUUCAAUUAUCAUGUCAUCACUACCGCUAUCCGGUAUUAGCAAUUAUUCAUCAACUAGCAUUUGUUUGCCGAUGGAAGAUCGCGAUACGUACGAUACUAUUUAUUUGGUCAUUAUAAUGGGUCUAAAUGGUGUAGCGUUUUUCAUAAUUGCUCUCUGUUAUGCUCAAAUUUAUAUGUCGUUGGGUAAAGAGACCCGUCAAGCUCAUGGUGCUUCAAUGGGUGAAAUGUCAGUUGCUAAGAAAAUGGCUUUAUUGGUUUUUACCAACUUUGCCUGUUGGUCACCGAUUGCUUUUUUUGGUCUAACAGCUUUAGCUGGAUAUCCAUUAAUAAAUGUAACCAAAUCGAAAAUAUUGCUGGUAUUUUUCUAUCCCUUAAACUCAUGUGCGGAUCCUUACUUAUACGCAAUACUAACACAACAAUACCGCCAAGAUCUAUACACACUACUGGGAAAGUUUGGGUUAUGUCAACAACGAGCUUUGAAGUAUAAAAAUAGCAUAUCCUACGGUGUCUCUUCAACGCAACGAAAUAGUUCAAUGAGCCAGAAAACACAGCAAGGUUUCAUACCUGAAACGCAAUUUAUGCUAAAAAAUAAAGAAGACUUUGUAUAA